UUUUUAUUUAACUCAUUUCCAAAACUUGAUUUUCUUGAUUAUGUACUUUUAUAGAUAACAAUUAAAAUCUCAUCGAAAAAAGGUUUUUUCGGGCAUCUGAGCCUCAUGUUCGUUUUUUGAAGAUUCCUUUCUAAAUAAGCAUUUUCCUCCAAGGAUGUGAUCAAAAAGGACCUUCAGUUAAAGGGUAUCAUUGGAUCAUCAAACAGCCCUUGAAUUCAGUUUAUCGCAAAGAAAAAAGACUUGGUCCUGUGGGAAGAAAAAAAGCUGAUCAAUAUCAGAUCGGGAAGUCUUAAAAUCUCGGAUUUUUCAUUGAAUCUUCAAUUAAAAGGACUUGGACUUAUUGUGGAAAAUGAAAUAUGACAUGAAAAGCAGAUUUUGUGACAUUUGAUGAAGUGUUUCAAUGGAUCAGCAUUUAUAUCAGGCACUAUAAGGAAACUAUCAAUCAUGCGUACGCAACACAGUAAUUUCAUUUGAUAAUCAACAUCAGGAUAUCAAUAAUCUUAAUGGAUUUUUUUUCAGACAGGUCUUGCAAAUUUCACAUUGGCAUGUACUGUCCGAUUUUACAAAAUUCAGUAUUACUCAGAUAAAACCUACUGAAGUAUGUGUGUAUAUAUAUAUAAUCACCUUAUUAUUUAUUAUAACUUAAAAUUGUAUUAUUUUUUUAAAUAAAUCAAUCAAGUGGUCUUCAGACUUAUUUUAAAAUAUAACUCCUUAGCAACCAGAGUUGUUUUGUUUCCAGGUUUGAUGUGCUCUUGAUUCUUGUGAUUGUACAAAUGAAUAACUACGAAGAUCCUGAUCUUAGACCUUUCUGGUAAUUUGUGUUUUGUGUGGUUUUUCCAUCAGGAAAAUUCUUGUAAUGUUUGAGCAGUUCAAAUGUCAAUACUGUUCAGUCAUGUCAGGAUUAAGGGAAACAACGCAGCAAACAAUCCCAUCGUCUCAGUUUUAAUAAAUCCUGAAGAUAUAAAGUCUGUUUUUAAACUUAAAUUAAUUGAAAAUUGGGAAAAUCAGAGGAAACAAACUUCCAGCCCAGAUUGUCUUUGUUUGGGGCCAGUUGGUUCUGGCAAGUCGCUCCUCCUCAAAUGCUUGCAAUCGCCAUCUUCAGUUGAUAUGAAUACGAGUUCAUGCCCGACAGUCGGGACGACAAUAAAAACGGUGCAUGCUUCGCCGACCGACAAGCUCACCAUAUGCGAAAUCGGGGGUGGCGUCGCUCCUCUCUGGGCGCAUUAUUACAAGGGUGUGAGCAAGAUCAUAUUUGUCGUCGAUGCAAGCAACCUUUGCCAGAUCUCUGCUGCUGGUGUUCUUUUAUAUUCUAUAUUAUCCGAACCUUGCCUGCGUAAUGCAAAGUUACUUCUAGUACUUUCUAAAAUGGACGCUUCAUACAGACAGAUGAGAAAUGAAGCACUGCUUAUGCUGCAAAUGAAGAGGCUGCAAUUUGAGGUGACCCAGAAAAUUACCAUAGUACAAGCAAGUUCUUUUUCUGGGGAAGGCCUCGACGAAAUUAAAUCUUGGUUAUGUGAAAAAUAACAUACUACACUAAAAUCGCAAAACAAAAUUAUUAUACUUAAAAAGACAAUCAGUGAAAGACAGCAGACAAAUGUACAAUUAUUUAAUUCUAUAAAUAUAAAUACUU